UAUUCGGGGCAAAGAUGAAGUAUGCGGUGAAAAGUGUCGUUUUACUACUCGUUUAUUUUAUAAGUACCGUCAACAGAAUAGAAGGCACAUGCGUGCUGGAGUCUGACUUCGGCUUCAUAGUCAAUUGUAACUUUAAGAAAUCCGGCUUAUUUAGGGUUAGAAACUUGGGAGGGUUGAAGGCCCAUUUCGGUUUAGGUUUUAGCUUAGGAGACGAACUCGGCUUCGGAGAGUCGUUAGGAAAUACAGAAUCGAAUAAGCGACGAUCGCUUAAUGUGAAGACGGGCUCAAAUGGCGUUUAUGCAGGCGAGAAAAUUAUGUCGACCGCUCAAACGCCCCUCAAACGAGCGCCCACAAAAACUUACAACAACAACAAAAACGUGCGACCUCAAACGAUGCAAACUGUCAUUCCCUACAGAUCGCCUGUCAUGAUGCCGCCCGCUGUGAAUCCCAUCGCGCACGUGACAAAUUUGCGCGCCAAAAUGCCACAAGUUCCCGCCAUGACGCAAGCUACGUCGCUGCCGCUUGGCGUUCCCGCUUUCAAGCCAAUUCCAAAGCUGGAGAACGAACAUAUGGCGGAAACGUUGAAAGCGAUAACGAAUCGACAAGUUCAGCAGCAGCAACAACAACAACAAACGACACAAUACGAUCUUCCGUAUAUGCCAAGUAGCAAGACGACGCAAGUUUUUCCCACACGAGGUCACGUGCCAUCAACAUCAGUUGUACCGAAUUAUUCGACCUUCCAGGCGUUGCCGCAAUCCAUUUCGAGAAUUUCAACGGGACCCGUAGUUCAGUUCGAUAAGAAUAGUAUUCAGAAUUUGGUGUCGCCAUAUGCUCAUUCAUUUGUUCCUCCGCCAAAGAAGACAAUUAUGAAUCGAGUGUACACAAAAGAGCCUGAAGUGCCUCUCCAAAUACCCUCAGUUGACUUAAAAGGGCAUACAGUUGAAGAACUAGCAGCAGCAGCAAAUGUUAGUGUCGACAUAAUCCAAAAAGCGAUUUUCGAAAAGCAGAAAAAGCUCGAGGAAGAAUUUUGGGCCAAUUAUACAAGAACAAGUACGACAACGACACGAAGAACGACAACAACUACGACGACGACAACGACUCCAAGGCCUUCAACGACACAAAAGAAGCCUCCGAAGAAGUAUCACGCGCAUUUAAGCGGGCAUAAAGUAAUGAACGCCCCUAAAGAAUACUAUCCAGUUGGUUACGACAAAAAUUUCGACGAUAAUUUCACUGCACGAGUUGACUUACCUCAAACCUCGUUCCAUUGCGGCGAUCAAAAACACUUCCCCGGACUUUAUGCUGACGAGGAUUUAGGUUGCAUGGUAUUUCACGUGUGCGCUUUGACCGACAAUGGUCUCAUCAUGAAAUCCUUCCUAUGUCCCGAAAGCACGUUAUUCGAUCAAACGAUCCUCAAGUGCAAUUGGUGGUUCUACGUCGAAUGCAAAAACAGCAAAAGCUUGUAUGACUCAAAUCUUCCGAUAUCGAAAAGUUAUCAACUGAUGAAAGCUCUUUCGUUUUUCUCGAAAUACAAAGCGUCGAACGGCACAGAAACAGAUUUAGAUAUGAAUGCGUUGAAGAACAGUGUGAACAGCAAUCCGAUAGAAAAUUAG